AUGAGAUCACUUUCUUAAGUUUGUAUCACUGAAAAUUCAGAAAAUAUUGAAAAGUUCAUUUUCAAACAGAAGAAAGUAAUCACAUUGAAAUCAGAUUCACCUAUUUUAACCAAAAGACUUAGUCAAUAACCAAUUGUUAUUUUAUCAGAUUCACCUCCUAAAAAACAUAAAACUUGUAGUAGUGAAAUUCCUUUAAGUAAUGGAAAGAUGUUCUUGAAGGAUGGUAAGAUCUUGUUCUUAAAGUAAAAGCUACCAAAAUUAGAGUUACCAUAAGCAAAAUGUAAAUUUGAUCCAAAAGCUGAAAUCCUUAAAUGGAUACAAACAAAUAAAAAUAUCUCUCCAACAAAAAAAAGAGUUACCUUUAGGGCUAUCAAAGAAUCUAAUGGCUAAAAUAGAAAAUCAUUAAUCUUUUGA